AUGCAGAUCAGCCAAACUGCAGAGGAGGAAGCCCCCAACCUACUGAAUCUGGAGCUUGGGGGACCAGCCCCCAACCUGCUUCACCUGGAGUCUCAGUGGCACACCCCCAACCUGCUGCCCCUGGAGCUUCAGCAGCACACCCCCAACCUGCUGCCCCUGGAGCCUCAGCGGCACACCCCCAACCUGCUGCACCUGCAGCCUGGGGAGCAUCUGGAGCAGUUGCAGCCAUUUCAGAGGACAUCACUGAGAGAGAGGAGGGGCCGUGGCGGCGGCGUUUUUGGAGACCUGGUGGUGAACACGCGGCAGUACAUGGAACACGUUAGAAAGUCGAAAACAGGCUCUGAAGGUAGAAUGGUAAAGCUAUUUUCCAAUCAUUUCCAAAUGAGAUCUCGCCCCCAGACCACUGCCUAUAAGUACAGCGUUAACUACCAGCCAGAUGAAGUUUGUGGAGACAUCCUGAAGAUCUCUUCCCAGUUAUUUCAUAAUGACACCCUUGUGCUAUGUUUAUCAUUGAUCUUCUCUAAUGUCCCAAAUUUCAGGCUAAAAUUUAACAAGAAGGGUAUGACAUUGUCUAGGACAUUCAAUAAGCAGCCAUACUUGAUCACAAUUGAAUUCUCCAAAGAACUCCAGCCUUCUGACCCCGAUCUCCUACGCUAUUACAACAUUCUCCUGAGGAGUUUGAAAAUCUGGUGUGGUUAUAUUACUUCUGUUCUCCAGUAUGAAAACAGCAUCACCCUCUGUGCUGAUGUGAUCCAUAAACUGAUUCGAAUAGAAACUGCCUUUGAUAUAAUAAGAAAGCUUGUUGGAGAAGGGGAGGCUACAAAAGAGACGCAGGAGCUAAUUGAUAAGGAAUUGGUUGGAUCAAUCGUUUUUACCACUUACAACAACAGAACCUACAGGGUGGAUGCUGUUAACUGGACAGAGUGUCCUACAUCUAAAUUUACAACCUCAAAGGGCACAGAAAUUAGCUAUAAAGAUUACUGUGAACAGAAAUACAAUACAGAGGUCACUGAUAUGUCUCAGCCACUUCUGACCAGCAAAGGCAGAUGGAAAAAAAGCCUACAGGGGAUAGCCUAUCAACCUGUACAGCUGAUUCCUCAGUUAUGCCAAUUGACAGGUCUCUCAGAAAAAAUUCGUAAAAACAAUAUGUUGAUGAGGCAAUUGGCUGAAAAGAUGAGACAUGAGAUUACACAAACAGAGCUUCAGCGCUGGAAUUUGAGAUUUGACACCAACUUUUUGUCCCUCCAAGGAAGAGUUUUGAAAGAAUUUGUCCCCCAUCCACAACAUGGAGAGUGGUCCAGAGAUGUGAGAACUACACACUUAAUUAACGCAAAGUCCCUAGAUCACUGGUUACUGCUCUAUACGAAGAGAAGUCGUGAUGCAGCCCUAUCCUUGGAGAGGAAUCUCUAUCAAGUCACACCCACCAUGAAUAUAACUAUGAGACAUCCAGUUGCAUUCUUCAACCCCAUGGAUUCAGUAAUUCACCUAAAUUGUGUCCUCAACAUGAUAUGCAUUUCUUACACCACUGUUAUUGCAUCUUGGGGAAUUUCAUGUCAACUUUCUUUUGAGGUGGUUUGUGUACUGUCCAGUGACAAGAAAGAAGUGUAUGAUGGCAUAAAAAAAUACCUGUGUGUCAACUGCCCAAUUCCAAGCCAGUGUGUGGUGGCACGAACCUUAGAAAGACCCCAAGUGGAAAAGACCAUCGCUACAAAAAUUGCCCAGCAGAUGAACUGCAAGAUGGGAGGAGCCCUCUGGAAAGUGGACACUGGAUUGAAGAACGCAAUGUUCAUUGGUAUCGAUUGUUUCCACGAUAUUGUCAAUCGACGAAAGUCCAUUGCAGCAUUUGUGGCAAGUUGCAAUGAAGACCUGACACAGUGGUUCUCCCAAUGUGUUUUACAGGAAACAGGGCAGGAACUUGUGAGUGGACUGAGAGCCUGCUUGCAAGCUGCCUUGAAGCACUGGUCUAAAUAUAACUCGUCUCUGCCAUAUUUUAUCAUUGUGUAUCGGGAUGGAGUGGGAGAUGGUCAACUUCAAGCACUGAUUGACCAUGAAAUACCACAGUUCGAGACUGCCUUAGAGGAGACUUUCAAGUCAUUCCGUUUCACACUAACUUUCAUUGUGGUGAAGAAACGAAUAAACACCAGAUUUUUUAUUGAGACUCAAGGAAAAUUUGGGAAUCCACCUCCAGGAACAGUAAUUGAUAUAGAGCUGACCAGAAAGGAAUGGUUUGACUUCUUUAUCAUAAGUCAGCACGUGAAAGAUGGUACUGUCACCCCCACUCACUACAACAUCAUCUACGAUACAUAUGAGUUCAGCCCAGAUAAAAUACAGUGUCUAACUUACAAACUAUGCCACAUGUAUUAUAAUAUGUCGGGCAUCAUCCGAGUUCCUGCUCCUUGCCACUAUGCCCACAAGCUGGCUUACCUCGUGGGUCAGAGCAUUCACCAAGAACCACAUCUUUCCCUGACAAAUCGUCUCUUUUACCUUUGA